CUCCUCCAUCUUCGACAUCACUGCAUCUUCGCCGUCCAUGGACAGCAUUACACUCUCAGCCAAGCAUCUUUCGUGGACUUUAGCGCGCUGAUUACACCUCAUUUCUUGUGGACUUUCUUUAUUCCAAUCUCUAUAUACCCGACGCUGCGUAGUCGGCUUGACGCCUAACCGAGAGGUCUCCUAUACAAUUAUCCGUCUGCACCUCGACAUUCUGCGGGCUCCCUCGGCGGGGCAUUCAUUCUACUGGUCUUUGCUCUCGGUUCGAUUGUCAGAAACGCAACACGAACGGACAUUUCAAAUCUCGGCAGCGACAUCCCACAUCCCAGCUCUCGCUCAACGAAUCCAUUUCAGGCAUCAUGGUGUUCCUUGGCAUUUAUCGCGCUAUAUACGACUAUGCGCCGCAAGCUGAGACGGAGUUGCAAAUCGCAGAGGGCGACUUACUCUUUGUUCUAGAAAAGAGCACGGACGAUGAUUGGUGGAAGGCAAAGAGGAAAGCAAGCAGUGAGGAGGAAGAGGAAGCGGAAGGCCUGAUACCGAAUAAUUACAUUGAGGAGGCGGUUCCAAUUGCAAAGGCGAAGGCGAUGUACGACUACACGCGCCAAACAGAUGAAGAACUCUCAUUUAGCGAAGAAGAUCUACUUGAUGUAUAUGAUACUUCUGACCCAGACUGGACUCUGGUCGGAUUCAAUGGCGAAUACGGGUUUGCUCCGGCAAAUUACAUCGAGAUGUCAGACUCACCCCCGGAGACGCCUGCGGCUCUAGCAGCUCCAGCAGCUCCAGCCGCUCCAGCCAUGCCUCCUCGGCCAACAGUUGUUGAGCCUGAGGAUGAGGAGGAUGAGCCAAAUAGCCCACCUCCGAUAAGCGGGCCAGCAGCUGCUCUAGCACAAGCUCUGCGAGGACAAGGUGCUGCGAGUGCAGGUCCCUCGGCGCCGCGGUCUGCCAUGUCACCACCGCCAAAUCUCAGCGCUCCUCCUAAGAAGAAGAGUGUGCAGUUUACACCGGAAGAGUCCGACGAAGAGAUACCUCCUCCGAACCUUCCGCAAAGACCUCCCUCGCAGACUCUCUCUCCUCCAAUUACGCAGUAUGCCUCUCCACGAACACCAAUGUCCCCGCCGACCGACUACGACGAUGAAGAUCGACACUAUCAGCGGUCACCGUUAUCGCCAAGCGGCUACCACCUGUACAAUAUUCAUGAAAUGGUCUCACACAUGGGCAAGAACAAGAAGAUGCCGAUGACUUUGGGCAUCAAUGUGCCAAAAGGCACAAUCAUGAUAUCUCCAGAGAAAGCAAAGAAUGGGCCUGAGAAGGAGUGGACAGCCGAGAAGCUGACGCACUAUUCCAUCGAGGGCAAGCACGUUUUCAUGGAAUUAGUCCGGCCAAGCAAGAGCGUGGACUUUCAUGCGGGUGCCAAGGAUACGGCUCAAGAGAUUGUUGCCUAUCUUGGAGAACUAGCUGGUGCUGCUCGUGGAGGUGGGAUGGAGGACGUUCUGGCUGCUGGGUCAGGGGGACAAGUACAGAAAAAGGGCAAGAUGGUGUACGAGUUCAUGGCGCAAGGAGAUGACGAGGUAACGGUCGCUCUUGAUGAUGAGGUCAUCAUCAUUGAUGAUACGAAGAGCGACGAAUGGUGGCAAGUGCGGCGACUCAAGAAUGGCAAGGAGGGGGUUGUCCCCAGUAGUUACGUCGAGAUCACGGGCACCAUAAACGUCUCAGCAGCACCAAGUCGAAGCAGAUCCGAUGCAGGACUCUCAAUUGUCGAGCAGAAUCGUUUGGAGGAAGAGAGGCUAGCAAGGCAAGCGACCAAGUCGCAAAGGAAGAAUGAUUCCAGAGGGGCAGAGGUAGGCCCUGGCUUGAGAUUGCCUGAGCGACAAAGUAGCUUGGCGCAAGGCGAUCCUGAUACUAAACGCCAUUCACAGAGAAAACGAGAUAGCACGGCUAAGUCAUCUUCGAGUUCGAAAUCCAAGCCCGAUUCUUCGAAAGUGCGAACCUGGACGGACCGAACCGGCUCUUUCAAAGUCGAUGCUGAGUUUAUUGGUCUCAGGGACAACAAGAUCCACCUGCACAAACUUAAUGGUGUGAAGAUUGCUGUCCCGGUGCAAAAGAUGGCUAUCGAAGACCUGGAAUAUGUUGAGCGCAGGACUGGAGUGUCCUUGGAUGAGGACAAGCCACUGUCUGAGAUCAAACGCCGGUCUACGCUGCUGAAAAGGGAUAACGAACGCGCUUCCAAGGCGGGUAUCACUGUUGAAAAGAAAUCAGACUACGAUUGGUUCGACUUCUUCCUCAGCUGUGGUGUCAACCCUCAGAUCUGCCAGACGUACACAUCGGCUUUUGAGAAGGAUCAGAUGGGCGAGGAGAAUAUGGCGGAUAUCAACGAGAAACUCCUACGGACGCUGGGCGUGAAGGAGGGAGAUAUCCUUCGUGUCAUGAAGUAUCUGGACGCAAAGUACGGACGCGUAGGGGGUGCCGGAGAUUCUGCAGAUGCGAAGGGCGGGCUAUUUUCAGGUCCAGGGGGAGCCUUGCGUAAUAACACUGGCAAGGGACGUCCGGCACCUCCAGUGCAGACUAACGACGUUGUUGACGCAAAGGUUUUUGAGCAGAUGACGGACGCCGCAGUCAAACAGCCUCCCCCGGACGCGCAGGCGACCUCGUUGGCUUCAGCACCGGUAAAGCAGCCCACGAACGGAUUCGAUGACAAUGCUUGGGAAGUCAAGCCAUCGAAGCAGCCCACUCCAGCCGCUUCUUCUCCUGCACAGCAGACGACCUCGCCGCCACCAGCUGCCCAGAGACCACCUACUGGUGCCAUGGCAGAACUCUCGCUGCUCGACCAGCCCUUGAUACCCGCACCUCCUGAGCCCAAGGCAGCUCCACAACCGCCAGUGCAACAGCACCUGCCAGCACCACAACCCCAACCUGCGGUCCUCCAACAGCCUGCACAGACAGGAGCCACUCAAUCAGUCUUCGACCAAGUAGCUGCUGCUACCAUGAAGGGACAGCAACAGCCCAUGGCACCCCCGAGACAGCGGCCUAUGGCUCCGCAGCAGACGGGGAUGCCCGGCAGCCUCAUACAACCUCCACCGCAGCGUGCUGCAUCCGCACCACAGAACUUCCAACAACAGCAGAGUGCUUUUGGACCACCUCCUCCCCUACAGCCUCAACUCACUGGAUAUCAACCGCAGGUCCAAGCUCAGGUCUCUCCAGCCGGACAAAGCCUACAGGAGCUACAGCAGCAACGUAUGCAACAACAAAACUUCCUCCAGAUGCAGCCCACCGGCUUCCAGCAGCAGAAUCAAUUUGGCCAAUUCUCGCAGCCCAGCUUCCAGAUACCCCAGCCAACAGGUUUCAACCAGUUCCAGCAACAGCCUCAAUUCCAACCUUCCAACGGCUCUCCCUUUGCCGACCCUCCUCGCGCCCCUUUCCAACCACAGCCAACCGGUUUCCAGCAAUCGUUCUCCCCCAUGCAACCUCAGCAAACAGGAAUCAACGCCUUUCUCCAGCCCGCCCUGCAGCCUCAACGCACUGGCUUCCAGCAGCCUUCCCAGCAAACGGGCUUUGGUGGUACAAGUGGCUUCACUGUCCCUCCUGUGCCCCCAAUCCCGACUCAGCCGACCAUUGCGCCGCUCCAGCCGCAGAAGACGGGCCCGGCGCCGCAAAUCAAGUUUGGUGUGCAGCCGGGACAGAAGAAGCUGGUGCCUCAGCCGACGGGCAGGGCGAAUUUGAGUAAAGCUACGCCGCAGAAUCCGUUUGGGUUUUAGGGUUGUUCCGAUGGUGGUAGUCUUGAUGGAUUUGUUGGAGACUAUGAUCGUGCUGGCAAGGGUGAAAUGCCGUUGAUACCUAUGUGAGUAUGAGAUGGCGGUCGAAGUCGACAUGCGGCAAUGCAAGCAGGCAAGGAAGAUGAGCAGACGGGAAGGAACGAAGGCAGUGGAGUAACCUCCGGCUGGUGCUCCACGUUGUAUAUAGCUCAUUGACUCUAUUUCUGUCUUAUCUAUCUAUUUACAGUCAAAUCUCGUCAUCGCGAUAUCCAGUAUACCGAGAUCCUCGGUACAAUGAUAAAAUUCUCGUG